UGCGCCCUCACCUUGCACAUCUACCUGGUCGCUCUACCGCCAUUUCCUAGAACUAACCAAUCUUCCAGGACGUCGAUCGGCCUCUAACCGAGGCCAGCCAUGUCUUUCUCUGCGUCACACAUCCCCGCCGUUUCACAACGCUCCAUGUCCUCGUCAAUGUCUCCAGACCGCGGGGACGGCGGGACUGGAGCCCUGACUUCGGAUGGGGAAGACAAGGGCGGCUCCUCGGGUCCCGAUCUAAGCAUCCUUCAGACCCUUGCCGACAAGAGGACGACCCGUGAGGGAAAUCCGCCAAAGAAGCGUGGUCCUAAGCCCAACAGCAAGCCAGCUUUGACAAGGCGCCAGGAGCUGAAUCGACAAGCUCAGAGGACACAUCGGGAGAGAAAGGAGCUGUACAUCAAGGCCCUUGAGGAUGAGGUCCUCAGACUCAAGGAGAUCUUCAGCAAUGUCUCUCUGGAUAGAGAGAGGUUGGCCGAAGAAAACAGGCACCUACGAGAUGCAUUGGUAGAGAACGGCAUCCCAUUCGGUAGUCCCGGGAGCGGAACCAGUCACGCCCCUGGAUCCAGCGCAUUCACGCCACCUAUGACUACACACUCCACCACGCCAUCAAUGACCUCGUCAAGUCAUGCGCCAGCCGACCGUCAGCAGCAGAUUGGCGGCCAUCAGCUUCGCGACAUGACACAACAAGCUUCGGGCCAAGGCAUGGAUGUGGAACAGGCGGGCAUUGAUUUCGUUUUAACUCUAGAGAAACCCUGUAAAGCGCACCUUCAGUUUUUGCUCGAACGAAAAGAUGAGCCAGGAGGAGAGCCGUGUGGUCAUGCACUCAUGGCGUCGUGUCCGCCAGAACCCUUCCCGGAGUCGAGACCAGACCUCCCCUUCGGCCACGCUCACCUCCAGGGUGACACAGUGUGGGGACAUGGAACUUGGCAGCCUACUAAGGCUGACCUCUCGACGCUGCUAGAUCUCAGCAAGAAACUCGACCUCGAUGGCGAGGUUACUCCCGUCAUGGCGUGGGGGAUGUUGUUAGCUCAUCCCAGGGCACAGGAGCUCGGGGCUCAGGAUUUUCAGAGGCUAGCGGAUGAGUUGGUCCGAAAAGUGAGAUGCUACGGUUUUGGCGCUGUCAUGGAGGAGUUUGAGGUGAGAGACGCAUUGGAUAGCCUAUUUACCUGGCAGCCUGCUAUGGUUCUUGCGUGAUUUGAUGGGUUGGGCAUUUAUGUACGCUUGGGAGUAUGGGUGGGUUGAGACUAGGUAUCCUCUCUGGAGUUUGGGGGGCUAUGAUAUUGUUAAGAGGGGAUGUAGGAUAGGAGCAAUUGGGACCAGAUUCAUUCAUUUCGAUACUAGGCAACAAUAUACGAGAGAACACUUCUCACAUAAAGAACUCGAAACUUAGAUAUUGACUUAACAUCAC